AUACUAUCCCUUUAAGUAACUCUCCAGAGACCAGUACUGAGGAUCAUGUGAUUACUGAUUGAUUGCAACAUUGUUGGAAGCUAGUAAAAGCAGGCAAAGCAGAAGGAGCAGAGGUGUAUCCAGGAGAGGAAUGUACAUUUGGAUGACACCCUACACUGCAGUGUUGUAUCAGGACCUUGCUGGGAGACAUUGCAGGACCACUUCAAGGACAGCAGCGAGGGGGGGGGGGGAUGCUCUGCAUUGGGGACAAUGCAAAAUCUGCAAGCGAUUGAAGAUGCAGGAAGGGAUUGUGACAAAGACAUGGUUCAGGAUUAACAACCAUUCUCCACAUUGAAGCAGCAUGGGCACCUCCGUCUCACUAGCUGUCUACAUCGUCAUUGAAGUGCUGAUAGCCUUGGUCUCGGUACUCGGUAACAUACUGGUGAUUUGGGCUGUAAUUGUGAACCAGGCACUUCGAGACACAACUUUCUUCUUCAUUGUGUCAUUGGCUGUGGCUGACAUUGCAGUUGGAGCACUGGUCAUUCCUUUGGCCAUUAUAAUUAGUAUUGGACUGGAAACUGAGUUUUAUAGCUGCCUUAUGGUGGCUUGUAUUAUGCUGAUUCUGACGCAGAGCUCCAUACUGGCAUUGCUAGCCAUUGCUGUAGACCGAUAUCUACGUGUCAAAAUCCCUACAAGUUACAAAAGUUUUGUAACAGCCAGAAGAGCCGUGGUUGCCAUAACCGGAUGCUGGGUCCUGUCCUUCAUUGUUGGCUUGGUUCCCAUGUUUGGAUGGAACAAUAUAAGCAGCCUGAGAAAAGAACAGAACUCCACUUUUGGUGAAAUAAUUAUAACCUGCGAAUUUGAAACUGUGAUCAGUAUGGAAUAUAUGGUCUACUUCAAUUUCUUUGUCUGGGUACUUCCUCCCCUCAUCCUGAUGCUAAUUAUUUAUUUGGAAGUAUUCAACCUAAUUCAGCGACAGCUUAACAAGAAGGUGUCUUCCAGCUCAAAGGACCCACACAAGUACUAUGGAAAGGAACUGAAAAUUGCCAAGUCAUUAGCUCUGAUCUUAUUAUUAUUUGCUCUAAGCUGGCUACCACUACACACAUUAAACUGCAUUACACUGUUCUGCCAGACUUGCAGCACCCCUAUGAUCAUAACUUACAUUGCUAUCUUUUUGACCCAUGGGAACUCUGCUAUGAACCCCAUUGUCUAUGCCUUCCGUAUUGAAAAAUUCAGAUUUACGUUUUUGUACAUCUGGAAGAAAUAUUUCUGCUGCAAAAGUGGAAGAGAACUUAACAGAGCAAACACAACGAACGUUGAGAGAUCUUGUUCAAAACAUGUCCUCUAAAGUACCCAGGUUUUGUACACUAUAAUACUCCAAAAUAAGCAAAUAACCACUGUCUGUUCAACUGUCCAUUUUAACAAUAAAGUGCUGUUAAAUGAUAUGCAGAAUUCA